GGGACUUUCCCCUUGUAGUGACUUUGAGCCACCAUUGAGCUGCAUUGAGCGCGAAACGUGACUGCAGUAUAAAUUUGAUAAUUGAUGUUACAAGACAAGACUACUGUAGUAGUAUAGACAAGAAAGAAACUUUUCAUCCUCUCAAAGAAGGCUCCAAGUCAAAGCAGUGGCAAAAAUAGUAAUUUUGACUGGGUGCCAACACACCACAAGCGGAAGAAGGGACAGAAGCCGCAAUACGAUACACAGUUGAAAAUAAUUUAAGGUUAUCAAUACUCCAAUAUACGAGAAAUAGCUAACCGCAGCUAGCACUAGCAACACGCAGUACUUUUAGGCUAGCCAUGGUAGCUGCGUAGUGAAGUUCAGUGGAACAACUGACAAAUCAGAGGAACUAACCCUUGGUGAUGGCACAUUGCCUGUUCAAAGCCCGCUCACUUGCUGAAAAAGAAUCCAUGCUGAAAGAUGAGAUAGUAAGAGGAACUACCCGCACUCUUUCCCUCGUCGAUGCUUCUUCUCUGGUAGUGACUGGGAACCUGAACCUGACCUUGUAUGCUCUCAAGGUCAUUCCGCGUCAUUUGUAUCCUGUAUUAUUGGCUGCAAGUUUACGGAGGGGUCUGUUCGUUUCUACGAAGGCCAUCAUUGGUUCCUGGCCAUUUGCAUCACUCAACUUUCCAGCCCUUCAUAAUUAUUCUGAUAUUCUCAGUAUCCAACAAGCCGAUGAACAGCAUGAUCAUCCAGCUCUAGCUGCUGCUAUCGCCAUAUCGGAGCAGAAAGAUUGCAGAAUCAAAGAUAUUGACCUCACCUCUCUCAACAUUAGUGACAGAACCAAUGAUUUGUUCUUGAAUACCUUGCUCAAGGGGAGACAAGCUGAAACACAGGAAUCAAAAUGUGAGAAGCAACACAGGAGAGCAUUUUCAAGAGAGCACAAAGAACUCAGGAUUCUGAUGAGCUCGAGGGUAACCGGUCAAGGAAUCAAGGCCUUCUUCAAGAAGAGGAGCCAACUCAAGGCUGUCAAUAUACGUGUUCGUAACAAGAGACUCUGGGUAGACCAAUGUGGGACAGAACUGGUUGAGAGAGUCUUGACUUUUGUUGACAAAGAGGGAACAACCGAGCUUAACUUGAGCUACAACAGCCUUAGAAAUGAGGGUCUUCGAAGGAUCUUGCCAUUUAUUCAGCAGUUUCCAGCACUUACCGUACUCUGUCUCCAGUACAAUACUUUGAACUUGACAAAAGAUCAUGACAACUCGGUAGUGACCAAUUUAUCAUCUACAUUGCAACAUCUUCCCCGUUUGAGGUACCUCAACUUAACUGCGAAUCGUAUAACCAGGAAAUUAGCAGAAAUACUGAGACUAAUGGAGCAGCCAUUGAUUCUCCUUGAUGUGACCUGCUGCAUGCUAUCUAAAGAAGAUAUUGCUUAUCUCGCUGGGUCCUGUCAUUGUCAAGGUCUGCAGCAUCUGCUCUUGAGGGACAACUAUGACUUUGGGCGCAACUGGGACGCAGCUGAGAGACUCCUCCGGAACGUUGCCGACAACCUGGUAGAGCUUGAUUUAGAACACUGCAACCUUGGUCAAAUUCAAGGUUUCGCCGCACAGCUUGCCACUCUGGCGCCAAGAUUCAAAUGCUUGAGGUCUCUGGAGAUCCAGCGGAAUUUCUUAAGAGCUAGGGAUCAGAUCAAUGUGGUUGUGGAAUAUGGUAACUGCCCUUCAAUGGAGAUGCUUCGAUUGUCUUUCCCAGUCCAAGAGGAUGAUGUUUUUGUUGUGGAAGAUGAAGGCAGGACUGAUCCGGAAUGGUUUGAGAAUGUUUGCAGGAAAAGGAAAGCUGAAACUAGGCACCAUCAAUCAAGCAGUACUGAUUGUAAACAAAUAAAUGUCUUUGUAUAUCAAGAAGACUUUGUAUCCCAUUCAGCUGAAACACAAUUUACAUUUUCAAUUUGAUAAUUGAUAUGUCACAGCAUUGGAGAUGUUCUGCAUAUUUCUGGAAUCCCUAAAAACCAUUAAGAUAUAAAGUUUGAGUGACAUUCAUCAUUCCAAAGAUUCAAAUUCUGAAAUAUACGUACGGUAAUUGGUAUUCUAGGAAAUUUUGUAUCCUAUUUAACUGAAAUAUAAUUUCCAUUUUCAAUUGAAUAAUUGACGCGUCACUGAAUUACAGGUGUAAGCUUUCUGUUUCUGAAUUUCCUAAAAAUAAAUCAUUAGGACAUUGUGAUUCAUGUGAAGUUUAUUAUCCCAAAGAUUAAAAAUUCUGGAAUGUAUGUAAUUUGAAUUUGUAUAUCAAGAAGAUCUUGUAUUCCUUCCAACUGAUAAUUAAUUUCAUUUUCAAUUUGACAAUUGACUCAUCACCAAAUUGCUGAUGUUAUUUUUGCAUAUCUUUAAAUCCCUAAAAAAGAAAUCAGAUACAUUAACGUUACAUGGUAAUGUCGGGGAUGAUCAUUGUUCCUAAGGUUCAAAUUCUCUGAAGGUUUCUUAUUCUGAAACAUGGAAAUCACAUAUACGAAGAUGUUGAUUAGUUUGAAAAUGAAAAGGUUUUGUUUAUCCCCCAAAUAAGGGAUUUUUUUAUUUUGAAGUUUCAUUAUUAAAACGUGAUAAUAAAAUUAGUCUUUAUUCUGAAGGUACAAUACUCUAAAAAAAGAAAUAAAGUUUACUGGUUUGAAGGCUUGAUAGUCCAAUGAAAUAAAAUGAGAUUUAUAUUCAACUUUAUGAACCCUACUUAAUUUUUUUUUAAAUCAUCAUACCUUUUUUUUUUGGAGGAUUGAACCUUCGGAUUCAUGAACCUUAUUUUAUUUUGGAUUAACGAACCUUAGGUAUAUGGAAUCUUCAGAAUGGUAACAUUUUGCAAUUUAACAAGCUGUAACCAGUAAUUUUUGGAACAUAUUUUACUUUAAUUGCUUGAUUCAAAUUUUAUGAUGGGUUCAAGGAUGUAGCCAAUAGUGAGUGUUUAUGCAAGUCACAUGUUCAUGCUUCGCAACCUUCAAAUUAUCCAUCUUUGGGUAUGGCACUGGUCAAUUUGGGUGCAUCAUUUUCCCCAUAUAAUUAGAAAUAUAAUUCUUUCAGAGAAAAGGCUAUGGCAAAGAUGAUAUUGUGCUUACCGUAAGCGUGCAUUCUGGAUAUGCCUGUGUUGUUAUAAUAGAAAUUCGAUGUGUCAUCGUCACCAUAAUCAUCAUUAUGAUCUUCAUCAUUAACAUCAUCAUCAUCUCCAUCAUCAUCAUCGUCACCACCAUCAUCAUCAAUGAAUCCCUAAUUUGACACCUAUCAUGAACACACUAAAACGUCAUGUCAUUCACAUUUUGAUGUAAUGAAACCUUGACUUCAAACAACGAGUCAAGGGGUCAUUUAUUUAUUAUGUAAUUCUUAAUGUCACAAAGUUAAAAAUAAAUUCAUGUCAGUCACAUCAGUCGCAACAA